AUGGCUGGUUCCCACAGUCGCAAUGCCUCAGAGUCAAGAAGAUCAUUGAUGGGGAGCGACGGCGAUGAGGGUGUUUUGGGAACUGCUCUGACGAUAGAAGCGUUUGGGAGGAAAGUCACAGCUACGGCAAGCCAUCUCAUGGGGGAUACCACGUCUAACGCCCACUAUCCGAAUGCCAUGGGCAGCCUCUCGAGGCAGAUACGAAGACCCGGUAUCCAGCGUGGUGUCUUCUCCCUCGCACAGACUUCUCCUAGAGACCUUGUCCGCUCAAGACUAUCUACAUCCGAGAUCUCGCAUCGAGCCAUAACCUACCUCUCGGACGACCUCCUCGAAAAUAUCCCCGAGGACGCAAAUACCUAUUCUUUGUUCCAAGGGUUCCAAGCGACGCUACCUGAGGGCGAGAGCGAACAUCGCAAGUCACAUAGAAGGCGUACCUCUAAAUCGCAGAAGUUGCUGGGAGAAGCAACCUCUGAUCCAGAUGGUCCACCCUCGUUAGAGAACCUGAAGAAGGACCGAAAUACAAUGAACCACAGACUAGAAAUGAUGGGUGUUAGAAAAAAUCUGUGUAGUAGCGAGAUACACGAGAUAGAUAAGAAGAUCUCGAACCUGAAUUCUAUGAGGAAGAUAGUCCUGGAUAGGCUAGCAGAUUUGGAGAAUGAUGAGGCUCAGCUUGAGCAUGAGUUGUUGGAGCUGGACAACAAGAUUGAGAUCAUCCAAGAAGAGCUCGAAGAUGCGCAAGCACUUCAUCAGUCAGCCAAUGCUACACUACCUCCGAGCAACGACGAUACGCCCGAGCACCAGGCUAUGGAUGCAUCCUUCAUGUCAGAGUCGAUCUAUGAAAAACUACCACCCACAUCACCGAAAAGGAGACGACCGAAACCCAGCAGAAGGAAAUCAAUGCCUGUGCUACAUGAGCACUUGGAACCGGGGUCAAAUAUCAGAACACUCCCUGCACACAACGAUUGCAUCACAUCACUAGACUUCGACAUGCCAUUUGGCACCAUGGUAACAGCGGCGCUAGACGACACAGUAAGAGUAUGGGAUCUUAACCUGGGACGAUGCAUGGGUCUCCUUGAAGGCCAUACUGCAUCGGUACGGUGUCUUCAAGUGGAGGAUAACAUCGUUGCCACAGGAAGUAUGGACGCCUCGAUUCGCCUGUGGGAUCUUUCGAGGGCCAAGUAUGAACCUUACGAGAACCGCGUGGGAGAAAAUGGAGAGGAUGACGACGAUGGUCUCGGAUUUGGAAAUGCAGACGAGGAUGCGCCACCUCCACCUCCAGCUAGUUCGAUGGAAGAAUGUCCUCUUUUCGUCCUCGAAGCUCAUGUUGAUGAAGUCACAGCCCUACAUCUGAAAGGCGAAACGCUUGUCUCAGGCUCUGCGGACAAAACGCUGCGUCAAUGGGAUCUUGUUAAAGGCCGCUGCGUACAGACCCUGGACGUGUUGUGGGCGGCAGCACAAGCGUCUGCCACCUUGAACCCAGUCGAUGCCUCAUGGAAGCCGACGGGUCGGACUCACGACGCGAAUGCUGAUUUUGUUGGUGCGUUGCAAUGCUUUGAUGCUGCUUUGGCAUGCGGCACGGCGGAUGGGAUGGUGAGGCUAUGGGAUCUGAGGAGCGGACAAGUCCACAGAAGCCUAGUCGGACACACCGGCCCAGUGACGUCUCUACAAUUUGACGACACACAUCUUGUCACCGGCAGUGCAGAUCGAAGCAUCAGAAUCUGGGACCUCCGAACAGGAAGCCUGUUCGACGCAUAUGCCUAUGACCAUCCCGUGACCAGCAUGAUGUUUGAUUCGCGACGCAUUGUCGCUGCCGCCAGCGAAAACAAUGCCAAAAUCUACGACAAGACCGACGGUCGCCAUUGGGACUGUGGUGCCGGUGUGACAGCAGAGGAAGACGGCUCGACACCUGCUAUCGUCGAACAGGUCCGGAUAAAGGAUGGGUAUAUGGUUGAGGGGAGGAAAGAUGGAGUGGUGGGCGUGUGGACGUGCUGA